ACGCGACGUGAAUAUUCAAGCUUAGCGACCGCGUCCGCAUGACAAUGCAACACUUGCGAUGGGAGGGAUGGUACUAUUGCUUCUAGGUCAAUCAAUCGGGAAAAUAAUAUCGAAGCCCUCGUAAUUUUCAAAAAGAUCCAAUUUGCCCCAGGAUCACCGAACAGAUAGGAAUUUUAUAGCGGAAAUAAAAAAAUAAUAAUAAUAAGCGGCUGUGGAAAACGUAAACAAGAACAUGUACCACAUUUUCUCCAUAAAAAGUGAAAACCAGGAAGUUUUCUGGAAGUUUCACGUUGCAGUCAUGCAAAUCAACGGCAAGGGAAUGUACAAGAAAAUGUGCUGCAAUUAGACCUAUUAUUCACUCCCCGGGUUAGGCUAUUUUUCGCAGCGAGUAAAAGGAACCCAGAAAAUUUUUGGAUUCAAAAAUGUGAUGAAAGAAGGAAUCUGAAAAAUUAUCUCCUUCUUAAGACGUUAAAUUGCAUCUAAAAUUUUCGGGAAAAUAAUUCUGAAUUCCUCGUAAUUUCGAAAAGACUCAAGUUCCCAUAUACAUAGAAUGGCCGAACACUGAGAUACGAAUUUGAUAACGCCACUUAGAAUGCAUUUCUAUAGAGCUAAAAGUACUUUAUGAAUAGCUAAAAAGUGUUUUCAAUGUAUUUGAGGAAACCGUCGUUGGGUGCCCCUGUCUCGUUGCCGUCUCCGCUCAGCAUUACACGAUUUUAUGUUUAGUAUGAGCAAACUAAAAAUAUUAUCAAGAGCUUAGCUUUUAGCCUUCCUGACUAAAUUUAUGUAUUAGCGCCGCUUAGAAUGCAUUUGAAAGUACUCUGGACAGCCUUAAAUGUGUUUUCUAUGCAGUUAGGGGGAAAUCGUCGUUGGGUGCCCCUGAGUUUUGAAAAUAAUGAUAAUAAAAAAGAUAUCGCGCACAUAAAUUUUACUUUACCAUAUCUUCAGCUGUAUCUUCUAUUCAGCUGCAUAGCCGACGCCAGAUUUAUCCUUUGUCCUGGGCGGAAAAUCCUCGUCCUCCCUCACCAGUUUGGACAACAUACUGUGGAAUAAGACGUACUUCUGGAAAGAACUGUUUAUUUAAUUAAUCUAAGCAAAUAGGUCUAGUAGAGUCAAGAACCUAUGCAAGCGGCUGGAAGAACAAUGUGACAGCAGCUGUGACAGCGAACGUUAGAAGAAUUCGAACUUGAAAACCAGGAGCAGGGCCGCCCUGUUGAAAACUUACGGACGGUCGCGUGAUCGCCUUAUGUUUUCUGGUCAAAACUAACGCAGCGGACCCUCGCUCAGUGUUGAUUGACCUAGAAGCAAUAGUACCAUCCCUCCCAUUGCAAGUGUUGCAUUGUCGAGCGGACGCGGUCGCUAAGCUUGAAUAUUCACGUCGCGUAUUAAACCUGGUAGUUUGCGGUCGUAUCGAAGCGUAAAGGUCAACAGUGUUUGUUGAUGCGAACGAUUCUUGUGCAGUUGCGAUGAGUUUUGUGGAGCGAGCGAGCAAGGAACCGGAGCACACGUUACCUGCUGAUUAGCCGAUGGCAAUUUGGAGCGGAUUCGUCGAUUAUUCUCGAAUUCAGAGAGAUGGUCCGUUUGUUUUGUAGCCAGCCUUUAAUUCUCCUUUAGUGGAUAGUACCUACAAUUGCAAAACUCAACGAAAUGCCACUUUAUCCGGCCAGGAAAGACAAGGAUACGUUCAGUUAAAGGUAUCUUAGCUUUGUUUUGUUAUUUUUUGACUUUUGGACUAUUUUAGUUUAUGGGAGUUUCGACGACUCAUCGCAGCAAUUUGUCCAUGUGAAUAUUAAUGUAUUCAUUCAGUGACACAUAGUACGUCUGGGUGGCCUGUGGGUUAUCAAAGUUGAUAACCACCUUACGUCACAAGAUGGCGGCCAUAUUAGAAAUCGGCGAUUUUCGUGCCCUGUUCGUCGUUUUCGUUUUUUGUUCGUCAUUACUCGCCGUAUGUAUCCAUAAUUCCAUUGGAAAUGGGCGAAAAGACAUUUCUCUUCACGUAUGCCCAAGAUGGCGAGCUGAUGGAAGUAACAUGUUGGGCCGAGAGGUUUCAGGGCGUUUGAAUUCACACGUUUGAAUGAGGUAUGUUUUUCAGCUUUGCAUUCAAGUUUAGGUUAGUAAAUGAGUUUUGCCACAGUCCAAAAAUCUAUAGAGCUGAUCUGUAAUCUCUCUCCUUUCCAUGCCAUUGUUGUUUAUCCCAAUGGCAACUAAGAAAAAAAGUGCAUGGGGUGGUCUUGGUCUGCAUCUGACCGAGAAAAGUCGGCACAGAAUGGGAGAUGACAAAAUGUGGAGCCCUACUCCAUGGAGUACCCUGUGGAGUACCCAAAAUGGAGUACCCCUAAAAAUCAUGUAUUAGUCAAAUAAAAUACUUUAUCAACAUGGUGAACCAUUUAGAUGUACAUACCUUUAUUUAUUUUGAGCUUGCCAGCUCCCCGAUUGUCACAGUUUGAUGCAGUCCAUGAAUUGACUGCCAUCUUGAAAUUUAACAUUAAACUGCUGACCACCUCAAAUGCCCAGCAUCCUUGAGCAUUUUCUUUUUCAAGAGGCCAAAAGGGCCAAAUUUUUCACUGUAGUUUAGGGGACUUUGUUAAGCUUACAGCCGUACCUAGCUUUUUCUUUGUGUGUAUUAAUGAUGAGGCAUUCCUCAUCUGUUGACACGAUUAAACAACAAAAAAUUCAGCUGAAAAGUUUUAAACUAUACUUGAUUAAAUUUGACCUUAGGGAAAGUUCAUUUAAUAUGACCAUGGGGGGGAUGACGAUAUUGAGGGGGGGCUCCAAAAAUUUUUAGACACCCGAAGGGGGGGCUCUGAAAAAUUGUUGCGCUAGGAGGGGGGGCUCCGAAAAUUUGUAUACUUCAAAACUAACACAUGACAUCAUACAGAUCUGAUGGUUUUCAACUCGACAAUUUAAUGACCUGUGCAACUCAGCUAUAUCACGUGGUUUACAGAUAUAACAAAUGUAGUCUCAGUAAUUAUUACACUCUUGUUCAUCCUAAAAAUGCUUUAGAAAAUUGUAUCACAACUGUAUCUCAAGUUUGUCAUAGUAUAAACCAUUGACGACAAUAACGGUAAAUAUAUUUAAUACAGUCUAGCGAUCUUUUUUCAGGGGAGCAAAGGAAUUGAAGGAGGAGGGGGGGGCUCUGAAAUUUUUUCGACUACCAAGGAGGGGGCUCCUAAAAAAUUGAACCGCUAGCGAGGGGGGCUUCUAAAAUUUCAAGCUUCGAGUUUCAAUAUCUUCAUCCCCCCCCUUGUCAUAUUAAAUGAACUUUCCCUUAUUAUAAAUACGUUUUAAAAGUACCCACCCGAGCUUGAUAAGCUUAAAUUGUCCAUGGUGCUUGACAUCCUGGCCAAGCGGCCCUGCAUAGGCCUUUCGUUUGAAGUGGUCAGCAGCUUAAUGCUAAAUUUCAAGAAGGGGGUCAAUUCCAGGACUGCAUCGAACUGUAACAUUAAUCAGAAGGCUGGCAAGCUCAAAAUAAAGCCAUGUACAUCUAAACAAUUCACUAUGUUGAUAAGUAUUUUAUUUUACCAUUACAUGAUUUUUAGGGGUACUCCAUUUUAGGUACUCCAUAGGGUACUCCGUGGAGUAGGGCUCCCCGUUUUGUCAUCUCCCGCACAGAAUCGCUUUGUUCAAUGUUUCAGUCACGAAAAGCACUGAAGGUAAGACCCGCGGUUCGCCGAAAAUUUUGAUCUCACAGUGAAAUCAGUGCAACUAGUGCUAAGAGGUACUGAUAUGCAUAACUUUGAUAAUAAAUUAUACUCCUAAAAUAGUUGGAGCUUCUUCCAAAUACCCGGCCACUUCUCGGAAAUUUAAGAACAUAGUAUAAACACAAUGCUUUCUUAGUUGUUAUUCAGCAAGAUGUUCAGUUGUUACAGCUGUAGGUAUGAUAAGAGUAGUUCGGGGGGUCAUCUUUUCAAUGACUUAGUUCUCUGUUGGCACCCUGUCUACAUUUCCCUUCGUUUACCAUCUGUAUUUAUCAUACACAUGAAGUAAAUAAAGUUAAUAGAGUAUUUGAUUUUUGUCUAUUUAUAGACAAUAUUGAGCACCUUUAUUCAAGAAAUACUGCAAAAUUGCAAGUUUCUUUCCUGUUGGUAUGAGUCAUAGAAUGUCUUAAAACUGGUUUAAAACUGAAAGUGGCAUAUUUGUUAUUACAAAGCCUGAUGCAGUCAACAACAAUAGAUUUUACAAGAAUUGACUUCAUCCUCAGUUGAGUAUUCCUGAACAAUAGGUAAGCAUUGGUACCCAGACUCUUCCAAGAAAAUGAGCGACAUCACUGUUCUACGAAACAUUAAUAAACUGAGGUUAGUGAUUAAUAUAAUAGCAUUUCACACCAGAACUGUUGCUUACAGAAAGUUGAUGUGGUGAAAAUUCUCAAGGAAAGCUAAAAGGUAAGCUGUUGUGGGUAGUUUUACCAAAACAAUCUCGCUAAUUUAACUGGAUUCGUGGCUAAGCUACAAAUCGUAGUUCCAUUGUAAAUGGUUAACCGGAGAAGAAGACCAGCCACGAGCUAAAUAUUACGCUAGCCUGUUUCUCAGUUUGUCUUAACAAAUAACGACGCACAACCACCCUUUUAUUUCUUAAUUUUGCUCACCUUUUAUACAAAGGAAACCUCUUUAUUGAUGGUUGAUUUAUAAACGUGUAAAGCGAAAUUUUCGUUGAGUAUCAAGAAGCUUCGUCAUGCUUAAUGAAUAUUUCAUACUCAGUAUCAUGAACUGAACUAUAAAUUAUCAGCCUAAGUAAACAUCAGCAACUACACGGAAACCGUCAUUUCAAAAUAUUUCUCCUUCGCUGGAAAUUUCAACUUCAACAGUAAAUAAUUCAGCAAACUGAAGUUAUCAUCCAAUUCCAACAGAAAUUAAGAAUGCUCUUUCCCGGAAGUAUCCAUGGUUGUUUGUUUUCCCGGAAAACUACCAGCAGUUUCACUUAAUAUAAACGUGAAACCUUUUCUUUCGAAAGGUAUUCGUUUUCUUCAAACAAUCAUUUGAUAUGAUAUAUAAAAUUAUGCGUGGUCGGAGAUGUAUUUUGUUGACUGUGUUAGUUUUCUUUUAUUUUAUCAGUUAACCUGCGAAUACAGCCGUCUCUGUGAGGAGAGACCGCUGUAUUCGCAGUCUACCACUUUUUCUGUUCAUUUCAAACGCGACGAUGAUCAGAUGCGGCGAAAAAUUCGAUUCAAGCUUGUACCUGUUUUCCUAACUAUUUGCAUAUGAUUUUAGUAGGCGAUGGAAAAUUUAAAUUUGUUUGUCACGAAUGGCACUGACGUGGCAAGCAUGUGGGUGAAUAAGUGAGGUGAAAGUGAAAUUUUUCGUGGAAGGGGUUUUCCCAUGCCGAUCGAAUGCAAAUAGGAUUAUUGAUUAACGAACCAUUCCUUUUUGCGUAUUCCAAACUUUUCGUAAGCACAGUUGUUUGGCGACAGGCGAUGAAAGAAAGUCAAAAGUCAAAGAAAGUCCCAGGAUCCAUAGGGGACACAGUUGUGGUGAGGGAAAAGAAUACGUUAAUGGUCAACUGUUUUUCCUAAUCGAUGGUUGAUCAAUAUUUGCUUAUGAAUUCGAAGUCAGUAAAAAAAUAUAGGUUUUAGCAAUUUUUCUGUUUACACCUUAGAUACUUGGAUUUCCACGCACUCUAAUUUCCUUGUGCUCCAUACAAGUUCAAACGUGGCUCAGCAAUAUGUACCAGUUCAUUACGCCAGCGUUUACUUCCCAACUUCCUCCUUCUUUACUAAUUCUAUAAAUGCUUUUGACAUUUUCAGUUUCUCAUGUUACUUCAGUUUGUAGACGGUCACCCCGUAGUUUGUUAGAUGCAGUUAGAAGAUAGAAAGAAAUCGAUUAGGAAAGGAAUCCAAGAAGCUUACACGAUACGAGCUUAAUAAAAGAUGGAGGAGGUAAGCAAUAGAUCGUUGUUUCCUGCUGUCAUCACUUUGCUUCAUAUUGAAAUGAAAGUACUGGAAUCAAGAACAUUUGAAACAUAAUUAUUUUCCUUAUUUCCCGUUUAACCUUCCAUCUUUGCUAAAUAUUAAUCAUUGCAACAUAAAGGCAACGUCUGGGAAAACAUAAAGCCUACUACAGCCGCCAUUCUAGGUGCCUGCAGCCAUAAACGAUUCCCAGCAAAACCUACUCGUCCUCAGCGGCUGAAGAGAUAGAUGUGUUUCUCUUAAUAGGUUAAAGCAAAAAAAACAAACAAACAAAUAAACAAUCUAGAAAAGGUUAUAAAGGAGGAGGAAAAGAAAAUGGAUAAGACGGGAACCAGUAUUUAAAAACUGCGCUAUUGGGCAAGACUAAUCUGAUAAACUGCAGACUGCGGAGCCGUGGAACCGUGAUGCGGAACCGGUGGAACCUACGAAACCUAAAGAAUGACUGUUUUUGUUACAACUGCCUUUGGCUAACGUGAUAAAAUAAUAUGUUAUAAUUAAUUUUUAAAAUAACUAAGCUAUUUCGAGCAAUUUCUCGCCCGCUGAUUGGUCGAGAGCUUUUGUGGAAAAGAGCACAGACCAUGGAGAACUGUAGUCGAUUUGUUAAGUAACGCUGAUCGACUGGUCUGGUUCCGAAAGAGGAAGUCCUCUAAUUAGUAACUUCCGGCUUGUUAGUAGUCGUUGGAAGGCAACGAGAGGCAUAGAUUUCAACACAGCAGGAGGACUCCGGAUUUCAAGUGACGGGGAUGAUCGAAGGAUUCACAAACACAUUAACAUUUUCUCCCCCUCCCAACUUUGCGCCACUGUCUUAAUAUAUACCUCUCGUUGCCUUCCCACGUACUACCAAGUCGGAGGUCCAUGUUUCGAGGACUUCCGGUUUGCAGCCAGAGCGCUCGAUUGAUGUUAUAGACAGUGUUAUAUACUGUUCACAAUCCCCCAUUUUUCGCAAGAUCGGCGAGAACGAGCACUACAGGCGGCGGUCUUGACCGAGUUUAGCUUUUAAUAAACUACUUAAGUGGUUGGGGACGGUUUGGGAACUCCAGGCCUGCCCUCUCGGUCCACCUGAAACUAAUUACAAAAUGGCUUCCAGUGACGAUGUGCUCUCGCGCGAUCUCAACGAUCCUACGGAACAAUAGGGGACUGUAAACAGUCUAUAAAUUCUAUAAUUAAUUGUAACAUAUUAUUUUAUCACGUUAGCCAAAGGCAGUCGUUAUGAAAACAGCAGUUUCUUAAGGUUCCGAAGGUUCCGCAGGUUCCGUGGUUCCAUCGUCUGCAGUUUACAGAUUAACCGAUUGAGGUAACCUCAAGAAGGUUUUUUGAUCUUUCUCUAGCCUCCUACAUCUCCUGUUUGUCGUCCUCAGUUUGACGCUAAGGGUUGCAAGCCUUUUCCGCUCACUACGAUAGCACGAACUGGUGAAUUUUACCCAACUAAAAAUAUCUGAAACUAUGUGUUAAAAUAUUUAAUAGGAAUGGAGUGAACAUUACAAAACAACGGAGGACGAAGAUAAGGCCCUAGCCAUAGCCUUGGAACAAUCGCUUAAAGAAUAUGAAAACAGAGACAGCUACAACCAAUCAGUGAGUGCAUCCUUGAUUUGCUUAUAAUAAUAAUAAUAAUAAUAAUAAUAAUAAUAAUAAUAAUAAUAAUAAUAAUAAUAAUAAUAAUAAUAAUUAUUAUUAUUAUUAUUAUUAUUAUUAUUAUAUUAUUAUCCAGUAAGGUGUUCUUGGUAGGAAUGAGUGUUUGAUGGUUUUGUUCGUUUAAUAUCCCUUGAGGUAAUGAAAAUCCAAAGUCAAAUUAAGGGAAGAGGCAAGAGUGGCUGGACUUGAAAACCGGAAAGCCAUGUAGUGCAAAAGCACUGAGCAGUUCUGCCACUUGUAAUGUGUAAUUUUCUCUUUUCCAGUCUACAUAUUUUCUUUCCACCAGGAACACAGAGUGCAGCAAGAUAGACAGAGUCGAGAAGCUGAACUAUCGUCAGCAGAGUUCUCACCCAUGACCACAUGUAUCAAGGAAAAUCAUCAGCGAACAAGUCCAGGUAGUGAGGAUGUGCUUUUGGCGCGUCAGGUCUACAAAGGUGAUAAAGCAAUAUUAUUUAGUUGGAUCAGCAAUUUUCCACGCAAUAAAUAUAUAUAUAGAUGCAGGUGAUGUUCGCUUCUGAAUCCAGGAUAGUGCUCUACAAUGAAGGAGAUGUAAUAGCAGUAGGUGGACUACUCAAUGUGAGUACGUAUGGAGUUUAAUACAAAAUUGGUUUCGUAGACCAACUGAUGAGUGGACCAACUCUGUUAGUCUACGACGGUGGUCCACCUACUACGAAUAUAAGCAUAUAAAUUCGACUAUUUGUCAUACCUUCAUUCCUGCAUAAACCCACAGCAGGAGGGCAGGAGUGCUAGCCCAGACUAGUCAGGCUUAAGCGUGGCCGGAUCAUCAGUUGGAAAUGGCAGGCCGGGCCGCCAUAAAACAGUGUCCUCAAUUAUUUUUUCGUGUUUAAUGCAGUUAGCAAUCUCUUUCCUGAAUAAGUCACUUGUUUAAUAUAUAGAUUUAGCCAGGGCUAAAAGCGAAGCUCUCGAUAAUAUUUAUGCUUUGUUCAAACACAAUAUAAAAUCAUGUAAUGCUAAGCGAAGGCAUCGCCGGAGAACGGUGAAAAACGACAAUAGGUCUAAUUAGCAAAAAAGCAACUUUGCACGUGCAGCAAACUUUUUUGUACAUUUCUUUGCUGUUGUUUUGCACGACUACAACGUGAAACUUCCAGAAACUUCUUAGUUACACGUUUUUUUCGUUCACUUUUUUUUUCACUGCCGCUCAUUUUCACCUUGCAUUGGUGGCCGCUAGCAUUUCUCAUUUUGUCACCGCCGUUACAAAAUUUUCAUGUUGUUCUUACAACAAAAAAAAUGUCUCCUUUGUUUUUUUAUCUCUCGCUCUAAAUCUCUGUCGCCGUUUUUCUCGUUGAGCUUUGCUGGCCUACAGCCUACUUUCUCUGUUCUCUGUGUUUCUCUUGCUCUAUAUUCCAAAUUUGUGGACAUGACAAGUAAUCUAAGCUUAAUACUUUAGAAAACACGUAUACAGAGACAAUUUCCGCUUUCCAUUUUCCUCUUCAUUGACUCAUUAGUUGUUUCUGCUUUACAAGACGAAGGUGGCUAUGCGAUUUCCCGUCAAAAUAACCUCGAGUUGCAUUUGGGUUGCCAUACCUGUUGAUUGAAUUAUUUUACAUUGAUAUGCCUGUAGGCCUUUCCCGAUUGCGCUCGUAAAAUCCUAAAAAAGUGCUGGCAAAAAUGGCUAAAAAGUGCUCAAAAAGUGCUCAAAAUCUCAAAAUAGUGCUCAAAAAGUGCUAAAAGUUGUGAACAGUUACCUCUAAGCUUUUCGUAAAUAUGUCAAUUUUUACUGAAAUAAUUAACAAUCUAUUUUGCGUAGUGUUAUUCGACAGGUUGUUACGAAAGGUUGAUAGAAUAUAGAACAAUAAUAUUUUUAAAAAACUAAAGCCGGUUACGAAUUGUAAAUAAAUUACAGCAGUACUAACAUGAUGACACACGCAUGAUACAUCAGCCAAUCAGAAACUUCUGUUCUCACGCUCAGUGAGGAGAAGUCCUCGUGCCUUUCCAUGACAACGAUCUUUUAUUCUUGACAACAUCAUUAGUUAUUCAAAUUUAUGAGCGACACACAGUUUUUGCUUUAAAAUGUUUUAGAAGACAUAUGUUUCUCGAAAUUUGCUCGAAACUGUGAAACAUUGCUCAAAUGUUGCCCAAAGUGCGAAAAAGUGCUUAAGGGUGCUCAAAAUGCAAAAUAGUGCUCCAAACUCAAAAAAGUGCUCAAAAGGUGCUCAGCGCAAUCGGGAAAGGCCUAUAUGCCUGUGGUGCGGACGGACGGUCUCUCGGGCGGGCGGUAUACGGUCACGUGAUUACCAAAUUUCUUGGAUGGGUAGAUUACCACAUUUUCUUACCCAUGGUGUUCCGCUGCGCGCUUCGAUUCGCGCGCGAGAGCUCCGCUAAUAUACUGCCAAUGAGGAUUUUGCGAUUAACGUAUUUCUUGUAAUUUCUGUAUAACAUUGGCUCGUUCUUCCACUGUGCAUGCAUUGUAUAUCGAGAUAUUAAGCACUUGGAAAGUUCAGAGAGCACUCAAAUAAAGUCGAAAGACGAUCACCCAUCUUCUGAAAUUCACCGUAGAGUCGCCCAAAUUUGCGGUUUCCCGCACGAGGGUUGUGACGUUGCGUGUAGCGCGGUUCGUUUGUUAUCAAAUUAGCACAUUUGUCUAUUUCUGUGCAGCCGCGUGGACCUGCACUUGGGGUCUCCUAUCCCGAUUAUGGCUCCUGGCAUUGUAAGAUUUUGUCCGUCGAAUUGAAUGAUCACCAUAAAGGUUGUCUCGUUGGAUGCUCGUCGCUAAAUGGUUAUUUUUCGAUCAAUGUUUCUUGGCUACCGUAACAUUAAUGUUUGAGCACCAAUGCGGGCUUAUGAAAUAGUACAGUCGAAUCCUCUUCACAACGGCCACCUUGGGGAGCGAAGAAUGUGGCCACUGUGGCGGAGAAAAGGGCGUUAUGGGAAGGUAGGGUGGGUUAAGGGGUAAAAUAUGACAAUUCAUAUUUUACGAAGCACAACAUGUUUAUUGUGCUAACUUCAUGCUGGCUGUAUUCCAUUAAUGGUAAUCCAGUCAUUGGACGAAAAAAUGGAUUUGGACGAAUUUGGUCCUUGCAAAUAAUUAGUAUGUCGCAAAAAUGUAAAAACUGGGGAGUAAAUAUGGGGAAAAGACGGUAAAUGCCACAUUUGCAUACCAAAAAUCAAGGCCGUAUAAAUAACUAGGCAACCAUGACAGUUACCGUAUUAGCCCCAGAUCUCUGCUUUCACAAUUUUGCGACAUAUUUGCAGGGAGCAAAUUUCUGCUAAUCAAUCUUUUCGUCCAGUAAAGCAUAUAAAUAAAUAUAGUAUAUAGAAAUAAAAUUCACAAAAAAACCUGAAUAAUCUUUUGUGUCAAAAUGUGACAACACGAGAAAGGCUUGCAACAUCCGCUAUAAGCAUCGUAGACAAUUUAUGCUUGCUGUACCAGUAUAAAUCGAACCAGAAGCAUACUUCUGAUGGAACACAAUCAAAAUACGAUUGCCGCGAUUAAUCAUCAACGCCCCAUACGGAUCAAAUUUCAAGACCAUUCUAGACUUUUUCAUCAGUCGCUUAGGAAAAAACUGGCCUUUGUCGAAAGGCUAUAUUUUGGCAGUCGGGGGCACGCUUUAGUGGGCGUUGCCGUUUUUUGGAGGUUUAAACAAAACAAAAAUGCGGAUGAAAUGUUCGCCGCGAGAAAACAGAAAGAAAGAAAGAUAAAGUAGCCGCUGUAGCGAGGUAGCCGUUAGUGGAGCCGCGACUGUAUUUUUGAGGUAAAAAAUACCAACGGAGUCACCACUUUUUCAUUAGCAGAAAUAGAGACUGCAUGUACAAGCACCGGCGAUGAGCGGAAAGCAAUUCCGCUUUGUCUCCCAAACAACUGCAAGUGGAAUUCACAAGCCCAUGAGUAUAAGAAAACAGAAGAACAGCGCUCAUCGCUGUAUGUGGUCGAAGAAGCAAUUGAGAAGCUCAGGGAAGUCAAGGGUACGUGACCGUUUCUUACCAUAUGAUGGAUUGCCGGCGUUUUUAAUAAACCUGAAUAAACCAAAUGAUUGACCGAAAGUGAGGUUAUUACAGGGAAAUCUCAGACCGAGGCCUUGAUGUAAUGACCGAACGGACGACACGAGGUUAAUAAGUUAUUUAUUAUAUGGCUUUUUUUUAGCGCUAUUAAUAUAAAACACCGGAAGUAAUCGACCCUGCGAUCAGUUAAAACCAAUAGCUGGUUAGCACAUAACUUUAAAAACACUUCAUCUCAAUAAGGUGUACACUUGAGCCCGCGGUAUAGUCAUGUGACAUUGGUCAGGUGAUAGACGUUCUGACAGCUAUCAAGAGACCACAACAUGGAUGUCCACGAUCAAGUUAAACACAGAUUAUAUAUGCCUUGGACACCUAACUACUAAUGCUCCGUCAUUACAUUUUUUUUUUACUUCAGCAGCCAAUCAGAGCGCGCACGCUAUUGUAGCCAUAAAAAAGACGGUUUUUAUGCUCGCGCAUUGGUCAUAAUGAUAUAUUAUUUGAAAAAUAAAACAACACUUUUCAAUACUUUCUUCGGGUUCCUGACAAUAAAAACCGAAGGAUCUUCAUCACGCGGCUAAAUAAUCAUUAAUGGUGCGAUGCAUGGUUUGUGUAGGAAUUCGUAUGGCUUUUAUGUUUCUUGUUUAAAAGCUUCUCACUCUUUUGUAGGUCCAGUAUGCGUUGUGUCCAUCGCCGGUCCAUACAGAAAAGGAAAGUCGUACAUUUUGAGCGAAGCUUUUGAUCAGCCAAACGUUUUCCCUCUUGGACAUGAAAUGGUUGCAGAGACCAUGGGAAUAUGGCUGUGGAUUGUACCAGAGAAAUACAAGGUAAGCAAAAAAGAAAAACAUAGCUCGUAGGGUUUAGUUUCAUCCAAGUGUUCUAAAGUUUAUCGCUAUUCAGGUCACUACAUAAUCAAUAUUUCUUACAAAUUAUUCCAGGAUGUUACCUGUAAUGGUUUUCUCUGUUAGACAGUAAAUUGUAUCGACGUAUGGCUGGUGGAAAAAUCCUUAUUCUU